GCACCAGGAUUUAUUUCACGUGGAGCAGUUUGGAUGGAGUUAAGAGCGGUGAAAGAUCCGCGAAUUUAGGAUGACUUCAGGCGCAUCACGCGCGACGACACCAGGAUGCUUUACAAGCACAGCAAGCACCUGAGUGUACGAUACAAGAAGUCUGCACAUCACUUGGUCUGGCUCCUCUGUCUUUGGGUUCACCUCUUGCCUCAAGUGGAUGGCUUCUUUAUGUCUGAUGCUAAGGCUGUCCUGCAAGGGUGUGAUGACCACUGGACCUUACAGGAGAAGGAGCGUAUGCCUGUGCUCUUUCAAACCACGGUAUGCGUGGACGUACAGGUCCUUUCCCCAGGUGAGUGGACAGCAUUUAGCUAUGUCUCGGCCCCUGCACCCCGCUAUGAACUUGCCCUGCAGGGGGAUACAAACAACCUGUACGCCUGGCUGUUGGGUGUACGCCACCAGUUCCCUGUCCAGCUGACCACUCAUCACUGGUACCACAUAUGUCUACGGUGGGACGCCCCUCGCAAAAGCUUCAGCCUGACGAUAGGUGGCAACUCGGAAGUAUACCAGCGGACCGCCAUUGCCCGAGCAAUCCCUCCUUCAGGGCGUCUUCUGCUGGGUUGCCAACCAAACGAAGCCUCCCCUGGGGCGAAAAUGGCCACCGUGGAGCUCUACCUGUUCCGCAUAUGGGACGAUGUUGGAGAGCACAGAGCCUGCGAGGACGGGACGGUGAUUGGCUGGGACUCAAGACUUUGGGCCGUCACACGUGCCCAGGCAAGAGUACAAGAUUAUACAUUGCAAUGUGGUCUAGGGCAUCUGCGUAUGAAACGCAGUGCAGACAGAACUACAGCCCCAUCCACAUCCCAAGGUUCAGCCAGCCCCCGAGAGUUUGUCUCGACAUCUAGUCCACUCCAAUUGAUUUUGACUUCAAUAAUUACCGGUUCACUGAAAUCCACCACCCAAGGACAGAACCUUCAAUCUUUGAAUCAGGUCUUAAACACAGUCUCUGCUUCAACCACACAAGCCAGAACCACAUCAAAUCCUGCAGGACUCUCUACAACAAAUUCUAAACCUUCAGUGACUCUCAGUGCACCAACACAAAUUCCCCUCACAUCAACUACCACAUCAAACACUAUUACACCUGCUAUUCAAGCUGGUUCAGCUGUUAAUAACAUAACUACUAUGUCAAACGCUAGUGGAUUAAACACGUCACCUCCAACUCCAGCCUCAUCUAUGUCUUACAUAACCACUCAAACUAGCCAGAGCACGUCAAUAUCUGCCCAGUCACUUUCAAGCAAUCACACUAGCCAUCCAGUCGGUACUUUUGAAACAACAGUCAAUCAUACGACAGAAAGAUCUUCCACUGCACCAACUGUGCAGGUUACUCAAGUAACCAAUCAGACAGCGGUUCUACGAACAAUGACGUCCAAUGUAUUAUUCACAGAGCCAUUUGCAGUACAGUGUAACUUUUCCCAGUCCUGCGCUAAUGAAUCAUCAUACUACUGGAUGCUUGUGGAGGUGAAAGGCUCUAAUAUGACGGAGGGAGAGAUUCAAAUUUGGUUUUCAGAUCUUUUUCAUAAAAGCACCUGCUCUGCUGGAGUUUCAACAACAGGAAUCAAACCUACAUCAUGUCAAACUGACAUAGUCUUUGUGACUGCAGAGGUUAGAUGUGAAGCCAAGCAGAACAUCCAAAGGACAAAUUGCACUGUGCUACUACAGCUGAGCCAACCUGUGAAUACAUGCAUCCUCCGAAGGCUGGUGCAAAACGGGACUAUAAACCCAUCGAUCCAAAUCCAGCUUCUGGGAGCUGUAGAAAGAGUGGGCAAAGGACUGUGUCCAGAUCACAAUAUUACGCCCCCUGGAGGGGGUUUUGUGCACUGCACAUCUCCAAUGUCUUAUGAUGAUGUCUGCAAGACCCAGGGACCUGUGAAUGUCACAUGUUCUUAUAAGGAGAAUGGUUUCAUUCCUAAAGACUUGGUUGCUAAUCAAUCCUGCAACGUUGAGAACCAACAAUAUUGUGAGUGUCACGUGUCUACCAACAAUGAGACAUAUUAUGCUGUUCAUCUAAAUAUUGCAAGCCCAGAUGUGAAUUUCACCUACGUUCAGAACAUGGUUGUACAAUUGAGCACUCCUUGCAACGAAUCCAGAAUGCAAGGGUCUCUGUGUAAUUCUUUUACUGAAGUAUCCCAGUUGUAUCAGGGAAUGCACUUAGAAUGUUUUGGUGAAGGAACGAGGCUCUACACAUGUAUGUUAACUCUGCAGCUGUCAAAACAGCUGGAUGUGUGUACUGUUAGUACUGCUAUUGCCAUUCUUUGGAAGGACAGUACCAACAUUAGUUUUGAUGGACCCCUCAGUCAAAUUGCCAUAUGUCGUUUGCCCACUGAUUCGGAAACCAUUCCUUUAAACUCAACAUUCACUUGGAUGUCUGUAAAUUUCAGUUCCAGCCACAUUGAUGACAUCAAAGACCAUUUGAAAUGUGCACAGGGUCAGACAUUCGCUGUUAUUUUAAAUGAGAGCUGUGAAGUCUCACCUUCCGAGUCCUACACAACUGAAGUUGUCCCUCCAAGAACAAGUUCUGAGAGCAGUGCUACAUUCCCAACAGUCACACCAUCCACACCAUUAGUCACAAACACUUCUAAUACACCACUCAAUACAACAAGUCUAAUAUUCAAUACAUCCAUCAACAGUACAGGCAAUCAAACAAACACUGUGUCAAAUUAUACAGCAAGUCUGCCACUUAAUUCAACACGUGAUAUAGUACCACCGGUCAAUAUAGCAAGUACACCACACUAUAUAACAAACUCAGUGGUCAGUACAACACAUAAAACAUCCAGUGUAACACCUCAACUGAGCAAUACAGCAGUUACAACACACUAUACAACAACCUCACCUGUCAGUACAACAGGUAAAUCAAACAAUAUACCAGCAUCAUUGGUCAGUACAACAACGACGACACACAAUAUAACAACCCCAGCAGUCAGCACAACGGGUACAACACACAAUAUAACUUCACCUGUCAAUACAACAGGUACAUCAAACAAUAUACCAGCAUCAUUGGUCAGUACAGCAAAUAUGACACCCAAUAUAACAACCUCACCUGUCAGUACAACAGGUACAUCAAACAAUAUACCAGAAUCAUCGGUCAGUACAACAAAUAUAACACCCAAUAUAACAACCUCACCUGUCGGUACAACAGGUACAUCAAACAAUAUACCAGAAUCAUCGGUCAGUACAACAAAUAUAACACCCAAUAUAACAACCUCACCUGUCGGUACAACAGGUACAUCAAACAAUAUACCAGAAUCAUCGGUCAGUACAACAAAUAUAACACCCAAUAUAACAACCUCACCUGUCGGUACAACAGGUACAUCAAACAAUAUACCAGAAUCAUCGGUCAGUACAACAAAUAUAACACCCAAUAUAACAACCUCACCUGUCGGUACAACAGGUACAUCAAACAAUAUACCAGCAUCACUGGUCAGUACAACAAAUAAGACACCCAAUAUAACAACCUCACCAGUCAGCACAACAACUACGACACACGAUAUAAUAACCCCAACAGUCGGCGCAACAAGUACAACAUACAAUGUAACAACCCCACCAGUCAGUUCAACAAAUACGGCACAUGAUAUAUUAACAACAACAGUCGGUGCAACAAGUACACCAUACAAUAUAGCAACCUCACAAGUCAAAACAAGACUCAAUAUAACCUCAGUGGUCAGUACAACUCACACAACACUCAAUGAAACAACCCCACUGGUCAAUACAAUAGAUACAACACACAAUAUAAUGACUUCAGUGGUCACUACAACACAUACAACACUUGAUGUAACAGCCCAGCCGGUCAAUACAGCAGAUACAACAGAAAAAAUAACAACCUCAGUGGUCAGUACAACACAUACAACACUCAAUGUAACAACUCAACCAGUCGAUACAACAGACAAAAUAACAACCUCAAUGGUCAGUACAAAACAUACAACACUCAAUGUAGUACCACACAAUAUAACAACCUCACAUGUCAGCACAACAGCUACAUCAAACAAUAUAGAAAACUCACCAGUCAAAACAACAGGUACAGAAUCGACACUCAAUAUAACAACUUCAAAUGCCCAUACAACAGGUACGCCACACAAUUUAGCAAUCAGUACAGCAGGUAUAUCAAACAAUAAAACAACCUCACCAGUCAGCACAACAGACACAACACAUAAUAUAACAACCUCACCAGUCAGCACAACAGGUACCUCAAACAAUAUACCAACAUCACCAGUCAGUACAACAAAUAUGACACACAAUAUAAUAAUCCCACCAGUCAGCGCAACAGGUGCAACACACAAUACAACAACCUCACCAGUCAGCACAACAGAUACAACACACAAUAUAACAACCUCAUCAGUCAGCACAACAGGUACCUCAAACAAUAUACCAACAUCACCAAUCAGUACAACAAAUUUGACACACAAUAUAAUAAUCCCACCAGUCAGCGCAACAGGUACACCAUACAAUACAACAACCUCACCAGUCAGUACAACAGAAACGACACUCAAUUUAACAACCUCACUGAUCCAUACAACAGAUACAACACUCAAUGAAGCAAGCCCACUGGUCAGUACAGCAGGGACACCACACAAUACAACAACCACAAUGGUCAGUACAACAGAUACAGCACACAGUAUAACACCCUCACUGGUCCAUACAAUAGAUCCAACACACAAUAUAACAGCCAAAAUAACAGAAACCACAUUCGAUAUAACAAAUUCACCGGCCAGUACAAGAGAUACGACACUCGAUGUAACAGCCUCACUGGUCCAUACAAUAAGUACACCACAUAAUAUAACAACCUCACCAGUCAAAACAACAGAAACAACAAUCAACACAACAACUACACCACAUAAUGUACCACCAUUACCGAUCAGUGCAACAAAUACAACACCUAAAAUAACAACCGCAUCAGUUAGCACAACAGGCACACCCAUUAUAACAACCUCAUUGGUCAGUACAACAGAUAUAGCACUCAAUGUAACAACCCCACCAGUCAAUACAACAGUUACAGUACAAAACUUGACAUAUUCACCAGUCAAUACAACAGUCAUACCACUCAACCUAACUGUCACAAGACUCAGUUCAACAACCCCUAUAGUCAGUACAACAGCCACAUCAAUUGACACAGCUGCUGCAACAGUCACAACACUUGAUAAAACUUCAACAACUCUCAACACAUUAAUCACGCCACUUAAUACAACAGGUAUGCCACUCAUUUCAACAGCCAUACCACCUUCUGAGGUGGAAACAACAACACCACCCAAUACAACAGCACAGAUAAGUGAAACUCUUACUACAACAGUUAGACCAUUAAAUGCAACAGUUGCACCUCACUUUACUACUGCCAUGCCACUCAUCUCAACUGCACUACAUCAUACAACAGUCACACCAUUCAAUACAACAGUGAAAGUUCCAAACUCAACUUUCACAUCCGAAAGUCUGGAAAAUGCGGCACAAUCUAACGCAAGUAGUUCUCAAAUCUCUGGCGCAGUGUCCACCACAACCUUUCUGCCAAAUGCAACACUGUUUAACUUGACAGCACCAUUACACCUAAAUGAAACAACACCCCCAUUAAACACUACACAACACACCACCACAUUCACAACACAUUUAAACAUUACUGGGCAAGACAAUACAACAAUAUUUAACACUACAUUAUUCACUCACAAUGUAACAACUCUCAUAGAAAAUAGGACAGAUUUAACAAUACCUAAUGUGACAGAGGUUAACGGAACACUUAAAAUUACUACGAACCACAAAAACACAACAAAUGUGAGCUCUUCUGUCUUAAAUACCACAACACAAUACCCACAUGUUACACAAUAUAACACAACCACUCUAUUUGAAAAUGCAACACACUCAAAUAAUACAAGCCUAGCCCACACUACAGAAUCACCAAGUAACGUAAAUGAAUCAAAUACAACUCAACCUCUUAACAGUACAUCUGAAUUCAAUACAACAGCCAUUCCUUAUUACACAACACAGCUUCUGAAUGAUUCUAGAGUGGAGGAGACCACAGAUGCUGAAACUGAUACCACUACAGAUACACCUGAAUUCAAUACUACAAUGUAUUCACUUAACUUCACAACUUUUAAUACAACUGAUGUCACUUAUUCCAACACAACAGACUCCCUGUUCAAUACAACUCAAUCAAAUACAACAGCCUUUACAAUCAACAUAACCUUGUUUAACACAACAGAUGCGCCACUGAAUGAAACCAAUUUCAAUGGGACUGAUGUCAAUCGUAGCAUCAACUCAACAGAGACCUCCAAUAACACAUUGGAACUGAAUACAACUGUAAGCCCUACAGUUAAUACAACACAGUUUGACAUCACAAAUACAACACAGAUGCAUACAACAACCUUUCCAACAACAGAAAAUAUUACCAGUGGGCCAACCAACUCCACUUUAGAGCCUGUCACAACAGUUAAUCUUCUUAACACAACACAGUCAAAUAGCACAAUAGAAAAUGCCUUUACUGAAAAUAUAAUCACUAACACAACUACAACAAUCAAUCUAAUUAACAUUCCAAACAACAUACCAACAAAUACGACCAUUGUUAUUAGCAUUGUCACAAAUAGCAGUACAGCUCCCACAACUGCUCCAUCAGUGAUACAGCCAAGCUCUCCUCAGAACAGCUCCACUUCCACAACAGAAGCUCCAAUUAUUGUUCCAACUCCAACGACUAGCAAAAGCAACUCAACAACAGUCACUACGAGGCCUGCCGUUCCAGCUGUGCCAACAACACUAGCCACUACCAUGGCAACUACUACAGAAGCAACAACUAAAAGCCCAGAUGCAGUGGCUAGCGAUCUUCUGAACCAAACACAGAAUUUGGCAUCUUUAAACUCAACUGAGGUCAGUCAGCUGGUCAACCAGUUAGAAAAUCUUAUCUCCGCACCCAAUAUUAGUCUGGAUCUAGGCCGAAUAGUGCUGUCCGUCAUCAACAACUUUCUAAACAGCUCUGCAGAUACUGUGGCUGCCUCCUCAAACCGAUUAAUCAAAGCUGUGGAUAAUUUGGGUAUGAAGCUUGUGAUUCGGGACCAGACUGAAAACAUCGUAUUUGAUUCACUCGCUUUGACUGUGACCAAAGUUGAUGGGACCAACUUUGGGAAAACAUCAUUCACAAUUGCAGAUCCCUUAAACCCACAGGUCACAAAAGGACUUCAAAGACAAGUCAGGGCAGUGGAAAGUUCCUCCCCCUUGGCCAAAAUAACACUACCUGCAUCUCUGACAGAGAACCUCUCUCCAGAAGAAAAGAAGAUGGCCUCUAGAGUCCAGUUCACCUUCUUUCAGAAAAGCACAUUUUUUCGGGAUAAAACCCUGAGUCCAGAGAAGCUGAACAGCCACAUACUAGGCUCUAGUGUGGCUAACCUGUCAAUCAAAAACCUGAGGGAGAAUGUUACAUUUACUCUGAGGAAUAAACAGCCCGUUGCGGGGAACUAUGUAGCUUCCUGUGUUUUCUGGGACUUUGACCAAAACGGAGGUUUAGGAGGCUGGAAUGGCAACGGCUGCUCUGUCAAAAACAGCAGCACCGAGAACGAAACUGUCUGCAGCUGCAAUCACCUGACAAGCUUUGCUGUACUACUGGACGUUAGCCGGCAAGGCAUAUCUGACUCUUUGCAUGCCAUCAUCCUUACCUUCAUCACUUAUAUCGGAUGUGGGGUGUCCGCCAUCUUCCUCUCGGUUACUCUGAUCACCUACCUCGCGUUUGAAAAACUCCGCCGGGACAUCCCUUCAAAGAUCUUGAUCCAUUUGAGUUUCGGCCUGCUCUUGCUGAACCUGGUCUUCUUGUUGGACUCGUGGCUGGCGCUGUACAAAGAUGCUGUAGGCCUGUGCAUUUCCGCAGCCUUCUUCCUGCACUACUUCCUAUUGGUCUCCUUCACCUGGAUGGGACUGGAGGCUCUGCAUAUGUACCUGGCCAUCGUCAAAGUCUUCAACAACUUCAUGUCUCGAUACAUGCUAAAAUUUUCCCUGGCAGGCUGGGGAAUCCCUUUGGUUGUCGUCAUUAUUGUGAUUGCGGUAAACAAAGAUAACUAUGGCCUCGUAAGCUAUGGGAAGUUUUCUGACGGAACUACAGAUGAAUUUUGUUGGCUAAACAAUAACAUAGCGUUCUAUGUCGCUGUUGUGGCGUACUUCUGCGUCAUAUUUGUGUUGAACCUGGCCAUGUUUGUGGUGGUGAUGAUCCAUCUGAGACGAAUCAAGCGCAGAAACCCUCACAAUAAUCAGUACCGCAGCGGCUUGCAUGACCUUCGUAGCAUCGCGGGACUUACUUUCCUGCUCGGGCUUACAUGGGGCUUCGCCUUCUUCGCCUGGAGACCGGUCAAUUUGGCCUUUACGUACCUGUUUGCCAUCUUUAAUUCCCUACAGGGCUUUUUUAUUUUUGUUUUCCACUGCGCUCUGAAGGAAAAUGUCCGUAAACAGUGGAGAAUGUACCUCUGUUGUGGCAGUUUACGAUUGGCUGAAAAUUCAGAGUGGAGUCGGACAGCCACACAGAGCAACCACACUAAAAAGACUUCGAUCACGACGGCAGAUUCAGGGACCCUCAGUGUACCGCGAAGCUCAGUGAGCAGCGAUGACUCAGUGCCGUCCCAAGGCAUCGGCUCACCGGUGGAUGACAGUGUGAUCAUGUCAGGGGAAGCAAAUGACGACGUGAUCUUCAAUGAGAUGAACAGUCAAAUCCGUUCACGACUCAGAUCUGAAUAGUUUUUAGAAGAGGAUAAUAAACGCAGACAGGAAAAUAGGUGAAGAAACAGACCAUUUAAUAUUAUGUUUCUAUCAGGCCUGAAAAAAAAAUGUAUUACCAAGAUGAGAAUCUAAUGACUCAGCUCGAAAUGUCUUUUCUCAUCCGUUUGUCUGAAUCAAUGUUACAUGCAGUAAAGCUUUCAGCAUUUAGCUUUAUAGCCAGACAUUUUGUUAUUUGUUAUUGAACUGGGCUGCUCACAGCUGAGUAAUAAAUAGCAAGAGCAUGUACCUAUGGGAGUCAAUGUGUAAAAAUAUCUCUAUGUACUGAGGAGUGAGGUAUAUUAUGCUUUUGGGGUUUUAAACUCCUAUAUAUUUUCAGCAAACAGUAUUAAACACCUCUUCUGCAAUAAAUAAAUAAAUAAAUCUCAGAUGAUGCAAGUGCAUCAAAUGGUACUUAAUAAAGGUUUUAUAAUUGAUGAAGGACUACAUUUAAAAUGAAGGAAAAAAUUCUGUCUUAAAAACCAUAUAUAUCUGU